AUGCCGACCCCAAACGCAACACGCCUAAACAAAUACCUUGAGAUAUUGGCCAUCAACGAAACCAAGUUCGUCAAGAUUCGUCUGUACAUUCGCCAGAAAAUUCGCCCCAAGUUACUUGAUAUCGGCAACUUGCAGGGGCCGAAAUAUGAAGAAUUCCUUGUGGACUACUUUUUCCCUGUUCUGAAGAGGCGUUUCCACAAGAUUUUCACUGGCGACUGCUUUGAAAAUUCACACACCAAACAUGCCAUGGCGAUUCGCCGACUCCUCAUGCUUGAGAAGCAGUACUACCGCCGAAAGGAGGGCCUUACUAAGUGA